AUGGGGGCAGAGACCAUGGGGCAGAGACCGUGGGGCAGAGACCGUGGGGCAGAGACCGUGGGGCAGAGACCGUGGGGGCAGAGACCGUGGGGCAGAGACCGUGGGGCAGAGACCGUGGGGGCAGAGACCGUGGGGGCAGAGACCAUGGGGGCAGAGACCAUGGUGGCAGAGACCGUGGGGCAGAGACCAUGGGGGCAGAGACCGUGGGGCAGAGACCGUGGGGCAGAGACCGUGGGGCAGAGACCGUGGGGCAGAGACCGUGGGGCAGAGACCAUGGGGGCAGAGACCGUGGGGCAGAGACCAUGGGGGCAGAGACCGUGGGGCAGAGACCGUGGGGCAGAGACCGUGGGGCAGAGACCGUGGGGCAGAGACCAUGGGGGCAGAGACCGUGGGGCAGAGACCGUGGGGCAGAGACCGUGGGGCAGAGACCGUGGGGGCAGAGACCAUGGGGCAGAGACCAUGGGGCAGAGACCAUGGGGCAGAGACCAUGGGGGCAGAGACCAUGGGGGCAUAGACCGUGGGGCAGAGACCAUGGGGGCAGAGACCAUGGGGGCAGAGACCAUGGGGGCAUAG